UACAAGACGAAGUUACAUUUGUCCAUAACGCGAUUGAUUAACCGAUAAAUUGAAAACUUGAUGCUUAAUGAGAAUAACGAAAAUGGUUGUUUACUGUGCAUAGUUGUACUGGAUUUUAUUUCCGACAAUGCUACUACGUACAUUGCAUGUGUCAACAAAGUAUAAAAACAAAAACAAGAAAAACACGUGAUGUUAAUCAGAUAAAUUGUCAAUAGUGGGAAGGCAAGUACGUUGAUGUACUAUCGAUCCAUGACUUAAAAUAUGAUAAAAUAGCAGAAAAAAUGAAUGUAAAAGUUGACGUCGAAUAUUGUGGUUCGUGUGGGCACAAGAAACACUUUCUUGAAUUGGCAGAGGAAAUAAAGAAGAAUGUCCCCCAUGUCACUGUCUCUGGUACAGCAGGAAGGCAAGCCUCGUUCGAAGUGCAAGUCAACGAUGAGCUAGUAUACUCUAAACUCGAAACUCUCGCGUUUCCAGACUUUGGUGCAAUUGCGGAUAUGAUCAAAGAUGUAUCUGUAGGUAAACCAGUGAAGAAAAUUGAGCAUCAGACUGCAGACUGUAUAUUAUUAUAAACACAUUUUAUUAUAAAUCAGGUACAAAAUAAAAAUCAUUUUAUUGAUAGAGGAAAGGAGGCCCACAUAUUCUCUUGCCCCCCUUAU